AUGAUGAUGGACCUUUUUGAAACUGGCUCCUAUUUCUUCUACUUGGACGGGGAGAAUGGAGCCCUGCAGCAGCUGGAGAUGGCUGAGGGAUCCCCGCUGUACCCAGGCAGCGAUGGCACCUUGUCCCCCUGUCAGGACCAAAUGCCGCCAGAGGCCGGCAGUGACAGCAGCGGAGAGGAGCAUGUGCUGGCACCCCCGGGACUACAACCCCCUCACUGCCCCGGCCAGUGUUUGAUCUGGGCUUGUAAAACUUGCAAGAGAAAGUCGGCCCCCACGGACAGACGGAAAGCAGCCACCCUGCGGGAGAGGAGGAGACUGAAGAAGAUCAACGAAGCCUUCGAGGCUCUGAAAAGGCGGACUGUGGCGAACCCCAAUCAGAGGCUGCCCAAGGUGGAGAUCCUGAGGAGCGCCAUCAGCUACAUCGAGAGGCUGCAGGACCUCUUGCACAGGCUGGAUCAGCAGGAGAAAAUGCAGGAGAUCGGGGGGGGACCCUUCAGCUUCAGCCCCAAGCAGGGAAAUAUCCCCAGUUCAGACUUCCUGAGCACCUGCAGCUCCGACUGGCAAAGCGUUUCUGACCAUUCCCGAGCCCUAGGAGUCAGCCCCAAGGAAGGAGGCUCCAUCGUCGAGUCGUCGGCCUCCAGCAGCCUUCGCUGUCUCUCUUCCAUAGUGGACAGUAUUUCUUCCGACGAGCCCAAACUGCCCAGCGUGGAGGAAGUGGUGGAGAAAUAA